GCCCACUCCUGACAGUAAGAUAGGUGUUUGCAUGACUUUCUAACAUUUACAGAUGAAAAUUAUACCUGUGACAGUUAUGCACUGAGGAAAAUACAAUGUCUCAAAUGCAUAAAACAGCACAGAUAUAUUCGCUGUUUGCCAUGGUGGAUCAAUUUGAUCCAUGAUCGACAUUAAGAGUGAGUCGAGGAAAUGAGAUGAAAACAGAAACGCCAGUUCAACUGUCCUGACUAGACAAUGGGCUUUCAUCCUUUACGCAAAGUUAAAUCUGUUGGAUCUUGUCCCAGUGAAGACAGGGAUAUCUGGACCGUGAAGACCCUGCAGGAGAAGCCAAAGGAAACAGAUAUAUUAGUGCGCAUUGCUGAUCUGGUGAAGCGAUCCAAAUCGCAGCCGUUUCAUGGAUUAAUGGGCAGGAGCACAGGAAUCACUCAACCAGUGCGACCUGGCCAGAGAAGAAACAAGGGGGAGAUCUUUGUUGGAUUUAUGGGAAGGAGAUCUGGUGGAGAUUUUCAAGAGGAAUGGGACAGACCGCAACUCUAUUAACUAUGUGCAACUGAAAGUUUUAGCUAUGCCCUCUUGUUGUGUUAGACGCAAUUAAUUUAAAACACAAUACACUUUCUGCUGCAAAGUUUACAGAAACAUAUGAAUUGAAUGAAUGCACUAAACCAUCUAUGUUGUUCAAUGAUAUCAUCUUUUCCAAAUCUUUAAAACCUUAAAUGACCGAAUAAUUACACAAUUUCUGUUAGAUCAAAAAGUGCAGCACAUUUAGGCUAUUUGAGGUGUUUCCAGUUUAAAGCUGAUAACAAGUGUGCUAAAUGAUUGAUUAAAAUCACUUACUUUACAGUGUUCUCUGAAUAGUUUAUUAUUUUUAUUAUGUGUUUGUUGAUCGUUUUUAACAAUAAUAAUAAUAAUAAAGAAAAGGGGUUGGGAAAAAAGUAAAUAAUAGGCUAAACAACAAUAAUUAUGAUGACAAUGAACCUUUGAACCCCCCUAUUCUCUUAAAAUAUAUUGCACAAACUGUAAUGACAUAACUGAUGCUGAAUGUCCUUUAAAAUGUACAGCCAUAAUGUAUGUUACAAAUAAAAAUA